AUGGAGGCGCGGGAGCUGUUCCGGCGGCUGGGCGCCGGCGCCCGCUUCGACGUGCGGCGCUUCGGGCGCGACGCGCGGCGCUUCGGGGUGCUGAAAGGCGGCGGCGGCGGCUCUCCGGGGAGCCUCGACUUCUUCGGGCGCCGGGAGGGAGCGGCGCCGGCGCUCGCAGAGGCCGCCCCGCCCCGAGAGCCGCGCGGCGACGGCGCAGCCGGGGGGGCCGUGGCGGAGCAUGGCGCGGGGGCCGGGAGAAAGCGAAAAGCGACGGCGGAGAGCGGCGGCGCGAAGAGGAAGAAAAAGAAAACACGAGAAUCCGUGUCCGUGCCAGAAUUGUCAGAAAGUAAUGGAAUAAUGUGGAUGUCCUCUCUGGAAGCAAAAUUCAAAGAUGCAAGAGACAAAAAACCCACUGCAGAGAGACUUGAACGCUUGAGAAAGCAAAAGAUAAACCACUUCAGGAAUCAACACAAGAUUAACAUUCAAGGGACAGAUCUUCCUGACCCGAUUGCCACAUUCGAACAACUUCAAAGGGAAUACAAAAUCCACCCUAAAAUCAUGGAGAAUAUUCAAGCGUCUGGCUUUCAGGUCCCAACACCAAUCCAGAUGCAGGCCAUUCCUGUUAUGCUUCAUGGUCGGGAACUCCUAGCUUCAGCUCCCACUGGAUCUGGAAAAACACUGGCAUUUUGUAUUCCUCUCUUAACACAUCUGAAACAACCUCGGAACAAAGGAUUCAGAGCUCUGAUCAUAUCUCCUACCCGAGAACUAGCUAGCCAGACACACAGAGAGCUGGUAAAAUUGGCUGAGGGAACUGGCUUCAGAAUACAUAUGAUUCACAAAGCAGCUGAAGCAGCUAAGAAGUUUGGGCCCAAAUCAUCUAAGAAAUUUGAUAUACUGGUUACUACUCCAAACAGACUUGUUUAUUUGCUGAAGCAAGAUCCUCCAGCAAUAGAUUUGUCUAGUGUCGAGUGGCUGGUGGUUGAUGAGUCAGACAAACUAUUUGAAGAUGGAAAAACAGGAUUCCGAGACCAGCUGGCCUCCAUAUUCCUGGCAUGCACGUCCCACGUGGUGAGAAGAGCCUUGUUCAGUGCAACCUUUGCACAUAGUGUAGAGGAGUGGUGUAAACUCAACCUUGACAGUGUUGUUCUGGUGUCCGUUGGAGCAAGAAACUCUGCAGCAGAGACGGUAGAACAGGAGCUUUUGUUUGUUGGAUCUGAGACAGGAAAACUAAUGGCAAUGAGAGAGCUUGUUAAAAAGGGUUUUGCUCCUCCAGUCCUUGUUUUUGUACAGUCUAUUGAGAGGGCUAAAGAGCUUUUCCAUGAACUUAUUUAUGAAGGUAUCAAUGUGGAUGUCAUCCAUGCGGAUAAAACUCAGCAACAGAGAGAUAACGUAGUACACAGUUUCAGAGCUGGGAAGAUCUGGGUGCUCAUCUGCACAGCUUUACUAGCUCGAGGAAUUGACUUCAAAGGAGUGAAUAUGGUCAUUAAUUAUGACUUGCCGACAAGUGCAGUGGAAUAUAUCCACAGGAUAGGUCGAACUGGAAGAGCAGGACACACAGGAAAAGCAGUCACUUUCUUUACGGAAGACGAUAAACCUUUAUUGCGAAGUAUAGCCAGUGUUAUUCAGCAAGCUGGCUGUCCUGUGCCAGACUACAUAAAACACUUUCCCAAACUGCAAAGCAAGCAAAAGAAGAAGUUUAUUAAGAAACCUCUGGCAAGAGAAGCCAUUUGUACAACCCCUCAAUGCUUCUUAAAAAAGGCCAAAAGAAAAAAGAAAACUACAAAAGAAAACAUAAAGGAAAAAAACAAAAGUUAAAGAAGUUAAAAAUGGCAGUAAAUUACAGACUGUUUCAAAAAACUGAAUGAUGACAAGCUACUCCAUGAGUUGGGGCUGACACCCAUAUCUGUACUGAAGAAUAAAGAUCAAAGAUGGCUGCUAAGGAGGAGAGAGAGAAGUAUUACUGUUCAUGGCCAAUGUUUCUUUUUACUUAUGGGUGAGGAAGGAUGUUUACAUGCAGUAAAGUCUCCCCUGGAAUAACAGAGGAUUCCUGAAUACUUCUUAUAGAAGAUGAAGGUUAUGUUCUUGCAGUAAAUACCUUAAGCUUCCAAACAAUAUUUCAAAAUAGCAUUUACUUCUAUUACUAUCAUGAAAUUUUGUAUUGCAUCUUGUAAUUACUAUCUGUUCUAUCUUGAUCAUACCUAACACUUUUGUCAGACUUUCACAAGACACAAUGGCAGAGAAUACAGAGUUUACUGUUAGGCUUGGUAAAUAUAUUGAAGACCUCCUUGGAUGCUUCAGAACAAAAUUUUGGUAUCCUAUGUGAAUGAAGUAGACUUGCUCCUCCUCCUGUUUUGCUUUAUAUAAAGUCAGUUUGAAAUGAGUAAUAUUUCAUGUCUGUAAACCCUAAGAAUUUUACAUUGUUUCAUAUUUAGAUAUCAAAACAGAAU